GCGAGACUCGUGAGUUUACGCAAACGGCAAAAUAGCAAAAGAGAACGCGACUCAGCUAAGCGAGUUCAGCUCAAGCGCCAUCUCCGAUCGCCGGUCACCGCAUCGAUGCAGGGAGGAUCGUCGGGCGUCGGCUAUGGCCUCAAGUACCAGGCCAGGUGCAUCUCCGACGUGAAGGCCGACACCGACCACACCAGCUUCCUCACCGGAACCCUCAGCCUCAAAGAAGAGAACGAGGUCCAUUUGCUGAGGCUCUCGUCGGGCGGCACGGAGCUGAUCUGCGAGGGCUUGUUCUCGCACCCGAGCGAGAUUUGGGACCUCUCUUCCUGUCCCUUCGAUCAGCGCAUCUUCUCUACUGUUUUCUCCACCGGUGAAUCUUAUGGAGCUGCUGUGUGGCAGAUUCCUGAGUUAUAUGGACAGUUAAAUUCUCCUCAGUUGGAAAAAAUUGCCUCGCUUGAUGCUCAUUCACGGAAGAUCAGUUGUGUUCUUUGGUGGCCGUCUGGAAGGCAUGACAAGUUGGUUAGCAUUGAUGAGGAAAACAUCUUCUUAUGGGGUUUAGAUUGUUCGAAAAAGUCGGCUCAGGUCCAAUCACAGGAGUCUGCUGGCAUGCUGCACAACCUCUCUGGUGGAGCGUGGGAUCCACAUGAUGUAAAUACUGUCGCUGCAACCUGUGAAUCAUCAAUCCAAUUUUGGGAUCUUCGGACUAUGAAGAAAGCAAAUUCACUAGAAUCUGUCCAUGCUCGUGACCUAGACUAUGACAUGCGAAAGAAGCACUUACUUGUUACCUCCGAGGAUGAAUCUGGUGUACGUGUAUGGGAUCUUAGAAUGCCUAAAGCUCCUAUUCAAGAGUUUCCUGGUCACACACACUGGACUUGGGCUGUUAGGUGUAAUCCUGAUUACGAAGGACUGAUUCUGAGUGCAGGUACAGACUCAGCUGUAAAUUUGUGGUGGUCAUCUACUGCAAGCAGUGAUGAGCUGAUAUCUGAGAGGCUAAUUGACUCGCCUACCAGAAAGCUUGAUCCAUUGCUCCAUUCAUACAAUGACUAUGAAGACAGUGUUUAUGGCCUGGCAUGGAGUUCACGAGAACCUUGGAUAUUUGCAUCGUUGUCAUACGAUGGGAGGGUGGUUGUAGAAUCAGUGAAGCCCUUCCUGUCCAGAAAAUGACUUCAGGGACACUAAAUUAGGUUCAUUGCCCCUUUGCGGUCCUGGCCUUUUUACAUUUGGAGAUGCUACGAAGUAUUUCUUCUUGCUUUUUCGGUUGGUUGGGGACUUAUAAAUUCUCAUUAUAGAUUUUUUUCUCCAAUCAUUGAUUUUGAACAAGGUAUGGUUGAGAGAUCAUGUUUCUUCUUCCCAGCCCUGGAAAGCUGUUUUAUCUUUGGAUCAUUCGAGUGAAACUUCCAACCGAUUAAGGCAAGAAUUGUUAGGAGGUGUAUACUUUCUGUAACUGUAUUCAAUGAGCAUACACCUGACGGAAAAAAAAAAUCAUCGAAUCACUGUAAAACUUCCUUCACAAAUUUUUGAACUUUCCUGUUGGAGUGCCUAUGUGUUUUGGCUCUCUGCUUCAUAUACAGAGGCUGACUCUUCAUUGUAUUUUUCACCAUUGAUUGUCCAGAGGAAAUUCCUGCUCAAUUAAAAGAUAGUAGUUGUAGAGCAA